GAAUGUCCCACCUUAUGGAUUCCUGUACUACCAACAGUUGCUAUCUCUCUUCAGGCAGUGCGGUCAAAUCAGAACUAUUUCAUUUGAUGGUUCAAAGAGUUUUAUCGAAUUUGUGCAAAAUCCAAUAAAAAGAGCAGAGAUCCAUCCUGCAGUAUAUAUGGCACUGAAGAUGGCCCAUCAACGUAUUCCCUUGCAGUUAAAAGUUCAUCCCGUGGAGGAAGUUGAGUUAUUGAUUCAAGGACAACCUAGUACAAGCUUACGGAGUCCAAGGUUUUGUGUAGGCUAUCAAAAUUGGACUGUUCAGCUGAUGCCUGAGGAAAAAUCACGUGGUCCUUUGGAAUUGCCUUGUAACCCUGUUCCACGCUUUUUCACCAUGAAUGUCACUGAGGUUGUUGAAGUUGGGCACUUUUGGGGUUACAGAACCGAUGGGCAAAGCUUGCACAUUUUAAGCAAAUUGAUGACUGAAAUUAAUCAGUUGAAGUUGACAGCACUGACCUUGGAGCCAUGUCCUGACUUUUGUCUCGCACCAUUCAGAGAUUGCAGUGAAACCCAUUAUUACAGAGCUAAAGUCUUACAAGUCUCCGGUGAUUCUGCUGAGGUAUUCUUUGUGGACUAUGGAAACACUGCAAAAGUUGCUAUAGAUCUUUUACGGAAUAUUCCACAUAGUCUUCUGGAACUGCCUUUUCAGGCCCUUCAGUGUCAAAUUUGCAAUAUCCGUCCUUCUGCAUAUUCUUUGAUACAUGGAGAUCAGUGGAAUGUCAAGGCCAGAAGAAGAUUUAGCUCCCUGGUGAAAAACUGUGUACUACUUGUGAAAAUUUUCUCUGUUGUACACAAUGUGCACCGCGUAGAUCUCAGCAUACAGACUUCAAAACUUGACUGUAAUGUGCGGGAAAUACUCAUUAGUGAAGGUUUUGCUGAACCAGCCGAAGAGACAUAUGAAUCAAAGAUAAGUCAUGAGCAGCUGAAGACCAUAUUGGACUGUCCUCUCCAGGAAAAAUUGGGCUUAACUCAAAAAACUGUGUGGACCCAGAAGGAAGAAGACUGGAAACUAAUUCAGACAUUAGUAAAGAAGUUCUCAUCUUCUAAACUGGGUUUUCCAUCUUCAACGGUUUAUUUGCACGGUCCCUUUAAUCCCUAUGAGAUGAAGUUUCAUAGCAUGACUACAAUGUCCAGGUUCAGGAAUGUUUGGAUUGAGAGAGACAGUAUAAAUUCAGUCUCUCUGAACAAUGCCCCUGAAGAUACUCACCAGAGGAUGCUGGUUGGUGCAUCAGUAUCAGUAAAUACAUCAGGUUCAACUAUAAUUGUGAGAGAAACUAGUUUGAUGCCAAAUAUCCAUGGACUUCCAGCUCUCAUCUGUAUGAUAUUCGCUCCAGUUGUAGAACUAAGAACUGACAGACUGAGAAAGUAUUACACUGGUGCGCUGUGUGGCUUAGGGUGGAAUCCAACAACCAAUGCUCCUCUGUUGGAAGAACAUGAUCUGGAAGUUGUUUUUGAUGUGCAUUUUGAUGUAAAUGAUAUUAUGGAGAUCAAUCUGCUGCGGAGCACAAUUAACAUGUUAGUUUGUGAUGGACUACUACGUUCAGGAAACCAUGAGAAAAUACGUACACUGCAAAAUGAAGCCCGACAGAGAUUAAUAGACAUAUUCACUGGAAAGAAGCUGAGAGAAAGUAUUACACCACAAUACUGUGAAAGACCAUACAAGUGGAAUCAGGUGGAUCCAGGGCUUCUCUUGAACCAGUCCAGGGAAGAAAACAAAAUAGUUCUUUACCAAAUGCAUUCCAUGGUGUUGCUGAAUCCUUAAGCCAUCCAAAUAAAGAUGUGACACUGUUCAGAAUUGCUGACUUAAGGAAAGGAUUGGAACCAGUUAAGCCCCAAAAUAUGAAAAAUGUUCAUGUUGCUUUUCAGCUGAAUGUGGCCUGUUUUGGAAGAAGCUAUUAUAGUUGAUGGAACAAAAAUGGCCUUUAACACAAGAUGCUGUAAUUUCUUAAAUUCUGGAUUGAAAGAUAUCUAAAGGACAAGUGGUUGCUUUAAAACCUGUAAUGUGGUCCAAUUGCAAGCUUAUUUUGAUGGAGCAGUAAGCUUGGUUUUGGCUUUCACUUUGAUUUCAAACUGAUGGAUUAUGAUUUGUUGUAUCUGUAAGUGGGUAUUGAAACCAGCUGCAUGCUAAUUAGGGCUAAAAAUUAUUGCACUUAUAGAAAAAUUAUAGAAAAUACUAUUGGCUUUAUUGCUAAGCAUUUCUUAUUUGAUUUACUUAAGUGUGUGAAGAGGUCAUGUUUCAUCAGACUUCUCAUUGUUGCAUAGAGAACACAAAUAUUUUGUUCGUUGUAGCAUUAUUUUGUUUUGAAGUUGUUAAUAAAACAAGCAUGUUUCUGAACCAGUAAA